GCACAGACAACACCGGCAGAUAGAUCUUCUCCGCCACCUUCCCUCCCCCCCCUCUGCAACCCAACCCAGCCCGGCCGAUCCCCUCUCCCCUCCUCGCCCUAUCGCCGCCCGCGCGCAUGCCCGCCGUCCCGUGAGCCGCGCCGCCGCCUCGCCGCCGAAAACCCUAGCGGCGCAUUGCUCUCCACCCCGCUCUCCCCCAGCCCCCGCGGAUCUGGAGGAGGAGGAGGAGGCCGCCGCCGCAUGUCUCUCUUCCGCAAGUUCUUCUACCGCAAGCCCCCGGACGGGCUGCUCGAGAUCACCGAGCGCGUCUACGUGUUCGAUUCGUGCUUCUCCACCGAUGUCUUCGACGACGACAAGUACGGGCAGUACAUCGGAGACAUCGUCCUGCACCUCCGGAGCCACUUCGCGGACGCCUCCUUCAUGGUCUUCAACUUCCGGGAGGAGGAACGGGAGAGCCAGCAGAGCCUGCUGGCCAGCAUCCUCUCCAUCUACGACAUGGUGGUCAUGGACUACCCGAGGCAGUACGAGGGCUGCCCGCUCCUCACCAUGGAGAUGGUCCACCAUUUCCUCAGGUCCGGGGAGAGCUGGCUCUCCCUGGGACAGCACAACGUCCUCAUAAUGCACUGCGAGCGAGGCGGCUGGAACGUGCUCGCCUUCAUGCUGGCGGGCCUGCUGCUGUACCGGAAGCAGUUCAUCGGCGAGCAGAGGACGCUGGAGAUGGUGUACAGGCAGGCCCCUCGCGAGCUCAUCCAGCUGCUCUCGCCGCUAAACCCCAUGCCGUCGCAGAUAAGAUACCUGCAUUACAUAUCCCGGAGGAACGUGAGCGCAGAAUGGCCACCAGGUGAUCGACCUCUUACCUUAGACUGCGUGAUACUAAGGAAUACCCCGGGCUGUAAUGGGGAGGAUGGAUGUAGACCGAUAUUCCGUAUCUAUGGGCAGGAUCCUCUACUUGGUACAGAUAACAAUCCCAAGGUGCUUUUUUCAACACCAAAGAGGAGUAAAUAUGUUCGGCAUUACAAGCGGGCAGACUGUCAAUUGAUUAAGAUCGAUAUCCACUGCCAUAUUCAAGGAGAUGUUGUCCUUGAAUGCAUCAGUUUGGAUGCUGAUCAAGAACGAGAAGAGAUGAUGUUCAGAGUCAUGUUCAACACAGCAUUUAUCAGGUCAAACAUUCUCAUGCUAAACCGUGAUGAAAUUGACAUAAUGUGGGAUGCAAAAGAUCGAUUCCCAAAGGAAUUCAGAGCCGAGAUUCUUUUUUCAGAAAUGGACACUGCAGAUCAUUUAGAUCCCAUGGAGAUGGCAGGUAUAGGGGAGAAGGAGGGCUUACCAAUUGAAGCAUUUGCAAAGGUGCAAGAGAUGUUCAGCAUAGUCGACUGGUUAGAUCCGAAAGGGGAUGCUGCAGUCCAGUUUUUCCAGCGGCUAACCACAUAUGAAACCAUACAGCUGAGGCAGGGAUUGGUGUCUCCAAGCAAGAAAGAUUCGAGCAUUAGAAAAGAAAUAGGGCAUUUGGAGCUUGGUUCACCGACCAAAAAUAUACAGCUGAGGCAGGGAUUGCUGUCUCCAAGCAAGAAAGAUUCGAGCAUAAGAAAGGAAAUAGGGCAAUUGGAGAUUGGUUCACCGACCAAAAAUGAAUCUGACAAUGUUCGAAACAAAUCAAGCAAUGCUGAAAACUCAACAGUCUAUAUGAACAAAAAGGAAUGUGAUGGCAUACACAAAUUAGCCACGUUGGACCCAGCCAGUAUUUAUCAAGGAAAAUUAGGAACCGUUGUUCCUGAAAACAUAAACCCUCAAGUUCAUAAGGAAAUAACACAUGUAGUUGACAUCACUACCGAACGAUCGUCUUCACUGGAAAAACCUGAUGAGCAAUCUAGUCCAGUACAGUGCUCUUCGCCCUCUAUGAUUAUGUCACAGCGGUUUCCACUUUCUAGGUCAAGUUCUGCCUUUCCUAGCAACUCACCUCCAAGAUCACUUUCAGCAUGCCCAAGAUUUUAUAGCGUACCUUCAGCCCUUGGAAUUACAGCUUUGUUGGAAGAUCAUGCUACAUUUGGAGGUUCUGAGAAUUGUGGUUCAACCAUAAUUGCACCUACGAUGUCAAGCGCCACAGUCAAAGUUCCAUCAAAACCAUCAUCAGGACAGCAUCCAACAACAGGGACUCCGGUUGUAACAAAGGGUAUGCUGCCGCCGUCGCCAUCACCACCCCCACCCCCUCAGUCAUCAGGUCCGGUGUUGUUCGUAGCGUCUGAUGCUUUUAUGCUGUCCGAGGCAGAAGAUGACUUAUCUCAGUCGUCUCCGAAGCAUUCAGGUCCUUCAUUGUUGCCCCACCCAUUUCCUCCACAUGAAGAAUCCACAUCGCAGUUACCUGGAACUACUACUCUGCCUGCAAAUCAUCAGCAGUCCUCAAGUAACAAUGCACAAGAAUCAUCACCAACUUUUACUGCUCUUGCCACUACCUCUACUUCAUUCAGACCUCCUUCACCACCUCCACCUCCAGCUUCUCCUGUUAGAAUAGUUGGACCUCCUUUGUCUGCACCUAAGUCCUCCCUCAGUAGACCUCCUGCACCCCCUCCACCUCCACCACUCGCUUCUACUUCAUCUCCUGUUAGACCUCCUGCACCACCUCCACCUCCAGCACUUGCUUCUACUUCAUCUCCUGUUCCACCUCCUGCACCACCCCCACCUCCAGCACUUGCUUCUACUUCAUCAGCUGUUCGACCUCCUGCACCACCUCCACCCCCACCAGUUGCUUCUACUUCAUCGGCUGUUCAACCUGCUGCACCACCUCCACCUCCAACUCACCCACUUGCUUCUACUUCAUCUCCUAUUCCGCCUGCUGCACCACCUCCACCACCUUCUCCAACAUCAUCUGCCAUUAGAUCUUCAGCACCGCUCCCGCCUCCACCUCCAGGAAUUACUUCUACACCACCACCACCCUAUAAUUCAUCAAAACAAUCUCCUCCUGCUCCACCACCACCUCACGCUCCAAGGUUCUCAAAGGAUGCCAACCAUCCUGGUGCUUCUGGCAAUGUUGUACCUCCACCAGCACCUCCUGGUACGAAGGGGCGUGGACCUGCACCUCCUUCGGGCCCAAUGUCUAAGAGUCUUCAAUCUGGUCAGACUAUGUCCAGAAAGUCCAAUCUGAAACCACUACACUGGGUGAAAGUUACAAGAGCGAUGAAGGGCAGUCUCUGGGCAGAGGGGCAAAAAGCUGAUGAAGCUUCAAAAGCCCCAGUGUUUGACAUGUCAGAACUAGAAAAUCUUUUCUCAACUGCUCUACCAAAUUCAGAUUCUAGGCGUUCAGAUAACUCAGGGAGUCGUGCAUCUGGGGCAAAACCAGAGAAAAUUCAUCUUAUUGAUCUUCGUCGGGCUAACAAUUGUGGAAUCAUGCUUACGAAAGUCAAAAUGCCGCUUCCGGACCUAAUGAGUGCUAUUCUUGCUCUGGAUGAUACUGUCCUAGACGCUGAUCAGGUGGAGAACCUAAUUAAGUUCACUCCAACUAAAGAGGAAAUAGAACUUCUGAAGGGUUACAAAGGAGAUAAGCAAGAUCUUGGUGAAUGCGAACAGUUCUUCAUGGAGCUUAUGAAAUUACCCCGUGUGGACUCUAAGCUGAGAGUUUUCUUAUUCAAGAUUCAGUUUCGAUCUCAAGUGUCUGACCUUAAGCGGAAUCUGAACAUUGUUAACUCAUCUGCUGAAGAGAUAAGGGGUUCAGUGAAGUUGAAAAGGAUUAUGCAGACGAUUCUUUCUUUGGGAAAUGCGUUGAACCAAGGCACUGCUAGAGGUUCUGCUGUUGGAUUCAGGUUGGAUAGCUUACUCAAAUUAAGCGAUACCCGUGCACGGAAUAAUAAGAUGACCUUAAUGCAUUAUUUAUCCAAGGUGCUUUCUGAGAAACUUCCAGAACUUCUUGACUUUCCUAAAGAUUUGGCUAGCUUGGAGUUGGCAGCAAAGAUACAAUUAAAGUCUUUAGCAGAAGAAAUGCAGGCCAUAAACAAAGGGCUCGAGAAAGUGGAGCAAGAAUUAACUAUAUCUGAAAAUGAUGGUCCUGUGUCGGAGAUCUUUUGCAAGACACUGAAGGGCUUCCUUAGUGGUGCUGAAGCCGAAGUUAGAGCCUUGACUUCACUUUAUUCUAAUGUGGGCAGGAAUGCAGAUGCAUUAGCACUUUAUUUUGGAGAAGAUCCAGCACGUUGUCCAUUUGAGCAAGUGGCCACAACGCUCCACAACUUUGUGAAAUUGUUCAUGCGUUCGCAUGAAGAGAACUGCAAGCAGUUGGACCUUGAAAAGAAGAAGACUCAGAAGGAAGCAGAACCAGAUAAGCCUAAGGGGGAAUCGGAAAAUGAGAAAGAUAAUCUCAGUCAUCCAAUCAAAGAGCUAGACAUCUCACUUCAAUCACAACCACAAACUGCCAGUGCCAAAUGAUGACCUCUUUUACCAGAAGGACCUGGUGCUUUCUCUAUGGCAGAUGCACACUGGAUAUGUAUGUUGCCCUGGGCAUUAGUUACCAGGGAUGCCAGUAAACCUGCAGCAACAAGAAGGCCAUCGAAUAUACCGUUAUACUUGUAACAGAGGGAUUCCCGGAGAAAGUCAUCCCUGGCGACAAAGCUGUAUAGUUCUAACAUAAUAACAGUUCGUUUGGGUACUAGUGUUGAGCAAAAUGUAGAAUUAAGUUAUGUGUAACUAGUGUUGAGCAAAAUGUAAAAUAAAUUUUUGGUCAAUAAAAAUGGGUUCUUCCCAUGUGGUGACAAUAGAAAGGGCUGUCUUCUGUGUGGGACAAUAGAAAUGGUUGUUCAUACAAGCUUAGGCGGUAGAACUUGUAUAUCAUUUCUUCAGUCUGUUUGACCUGCCCCUUGUAGUAUAACGUUUUGAAAUUCGCGCUUGGUCGUCCCUAUCAUACGUCUGAUCGUGGCAAUUCAUCCACUAGCCGUCCGUUUGUAGCGGAUGCAUCCAACGACAUGUACACAGGCUAUAUAAAGAGUUUUGCAACUGAGACUUCAUUAUAUCUCAGUUGAUGCUA